AUGCCGGUGGCAUUAGUCAAAUUUCCAGGUCCAAAAACUGGGGAUGAAACCUGCACCAGAUCGGGAGAGAUCGAAGAGAGGCAGAAACCUUUUCCUGGACGAAUAAAGAUUGAAAACAAAGAAGGAGAAGAAGAAGAAGACGAAGACAAGGAAGAUGAUGAUGAUAAAAUAUUUCUGGUCUCCCCUACUCUUCCUCCUCCUCCUCCUCCACUACCUCCUCCUCCUUCACCACCACCGCCUUCUCCUCCUUCUCCUCUACCCAUUGGCGGAGGCAUCCCGCGAAAUCGAACACCCCAUACCCCGCCCUACCACCACCCUAACCCACCACCAAAACAUCCCGAGAACGCCGGGAAGUUCUUCCGGCCCCAGUACUCGAAGGGCGGAAAUCCUCCAGUUUGGAAAGGAGACUUCCGACCUUCAGGGUACAGAAUAACUAUCCGGAACACCCCUUUCACCAAAAGAACUAACUUCGAGAACACGUUCUCCAACAUAACUAACUUCGAGAUCACCUUCUCCAACAAGGAUGCCAACGUAGUGCAGAAUAAACACCGCGGGGGAAAAAACAAUCUCCAACGAGAGGGGGGAGAAAAAGAAAAAGAAGAAAAACUCGCAAAACGUCUUCCGGAGCCAAUAACAACAAACGCCAAGGGAAAGGGGACCUCCGGUCACCGUGAUAUUUCAUCUCGGGGCAGCUCCCUCCUCGCGAGAGAGCGUUGGCCUGGCAAGUGGUUCAGUAAUCUUUCGGGGGGGCCUGCGAGAUGA